AUGGCAGCUGCCCUCAAGUUUUUCUAUGCAAUACUCAUACUCGGCAUUCUUGGAAAAGGUUGUUGCCAUUGUGAUAUAAACAGCAUUGUAAUUUCCCAACAUCAAACCGAACAUGUAGUCAAUGGAAAACCUGAAUUUGAGGUGGAAGUAAAGAACAAUUGUAUUUGUACCCAGGAAAAUGUGAGAUUCAGUUGUGUAGGAUUUAGUUCUAUUGAGGAAGUUGAUCCUUCUAUCUUUAGAAAGGAGGGAAACACCUGCCUCUUAAACAACGGAGAAUAUUUCUAUGGUUUCACCACAAUUCAGUUCAAAUAUGCAUGGGAUACUCACUUUGAUUUAAAGCCUAUAGACUCUGUAAUUGCUUGCUCUUGA